UUUUAUUGAGUAUAUGUACAAUGAAAUGUAUUAUGCUUCUUUCUUUUUGCUUCUUUUUACCCUCACAGGAUCCAGUGCUCGUGUGAAGACCUACGGCUGUGCAUACCUAAAUACAGGAAAUUCACUCCUGCGAAUUAUCACUAUGUUGGCGGUGAUAGAGAUGGUCGUGUCCGCCUGCGUCCAUACAACCUCCACAUGUGGGACACCUGCUAGAGUCAACCUGGCCAUCCAACUACGCUCUGCUAGGAACUCUAUCUCCCCUGAAUCUCUAUUGCUGACCGCACGAGAGAGUGACCGACAGAGCAGUAAUGUCACCACCACGAUAUUGGAGGGCGAGACCAAUGUGUGUCCAGAAAACCUGAACGAACUGGACAACACUAUGCAUACGCCCACCCGACACCGGUCAACUUGUCCAUAUUACAUGGUCAGCGAACACAACCCCAACCGGUUUCCGGCCACACUGACCAGCGUCCGGUGUCGGUGCCAGCAGUGCCUGGAGGCGGGAGGUCGUAGCUUGGAGAACGUAUGCGAACCUGUAUACGUCACUGAGGUGGUAUUGAUGCAAGGAGAAUGCGAUAACGACGUUUUCCAAUAUAACCCGACCGAAAUACAAAUACAGGUUGCAUGUACAUGUGCCAGAAGAAGGGAAGAAGAAAGCUCAUCAGACAACGAAGGACCAAUUCCGAUAUAGACAGGGAAAGAAAAUUGACAACUUUAGGGAACGAAAAUUAGAUGUUUGCGUAAAUCCGUCCUGAAAUAAUAUGUGUACAGUUCCAAUUACUUUUUUUAUCAAUUCAUUUUUUAUCAGGGAAAUAAGGGCAUAUUCUUUCGGGAUUAACUCAUGAUAAAAUAUCUUUCUUUUUGCGAACGGAUUUCAGUUUCCGUCUAUAACGAUGAUAAGAACAAGAGAUUUGAGUUCCAGUUUACCGAUGUAUUUCUAUCGUUGCACUCAUACUGUUACGCUGUCAUGUAUCAGUAAAAAUUUUGAAAUCCUGAAAAUGUUUCAUGAGAUCAAUCGCUUUCGUCGAUACUCCUUAGAUUUUAUGUCGCGUAACCCACGUUUAACUUAAUAAUCAACAUUGUUUUGAUAUGCUUAUUCUUGUUUAUAUACAUGGU